AGAAAAAAGCCAUCUUCCCUGUUAUUGCUAACCGAAGCACACAUGCUAGUGGUCAUGUCUCUGGGCAAAGCUGGCUGGGCUCUGGUGAACCCUCUCCGGGGGGUCUUUCAACCUUCGGCCUCGGUCGUGAGUCGUAGCUACGCUGCUGUUGCUGAAGCCAGAGCAGUCUUAAACGGCGAACUAGAGUCUAUUCGUGCGGCGGGAACGUGGAAAUCUGAGAGGAUCAUCACUUCCAAACAGGGACCGCACAUCAACGUGGACACGAGUCGUGGCAGCAUUUUGAACUUCUGUGCCAACAACUACCUUGGGUUGUCCAGUCAUCCAGAGGUGGUCCAGGCAGGGAUUGAUGCUCUCAAAUUAUAUGGAGCUGGAUUAAGCUCAGUCAGAUUCAUCUGCGGUACUCAGGAUUUGCACAAAAAUUUGGAGCGGAAGUUGGCAGAGUUUCAUGAGAGGGAGGACUGCAUCCUCUAUGCCAGCUGUUUUGAUGCCAAUGCUGGGCUGUUUGAGGUCCUACUGGGACCAGAGGAUGCAGUGCUGUCAGAUGAGCUCAACCAUGCCUCCAUUAUUGACGGGAUCCGUCUGUGUCGGGCGAAGAGGCUGCGCUACAAACACAUGGACCUCAGUGAUUUGGAGAGCAAGCUGAAGGAGUCUCAGUCCUCCCGUAUGCGGCUGGUCGUCACAGAUGGAGUCUUCUCGAUGGACGGGGAUGUGGCUCCUUUAACAGGAAUCUGUGACCUGGCAGAGCAGUAUGGAGCCUUGGUGUUCAUAGAUGAAUGCCAUGCUACAGGUUUCCUUGGUUCCCGGGGCAGAGGAACCGAUGAGCUUCUGGGAGUGAUGGAUCGAGUUCAUAUUGUAAACUCCACCCUGGGAAAAGCCCUGGGAGGUGCAGCUGGUGGCUACACAGUGGGUCCAAAACCCCUCAUAGACCUGCUGAGGCAGCGCUCUCGACCUUACCUCUUCUCCAACUCCCUCCCCCCUCCUGUGGUGGGCUGCGCUACCCGGGCUGUGGAGCUGCUGCUCGCCUCCAAUGAGAUUUCGCAGAGCAUGUCAGCCAAAACCAUGCGGUUCCGGAACAAGAUGACGCAGGCUGGUUUCACCAUCUCAGGCUCCGCUCACCCGAUCUGUCCGGUGAUGCUCGGCGAUGCACGGCUGGCCUCCCUCAUGGCAGACGACAUGCUGAAGCUAGGAGUGUAUGUGAUUGGAUUUUCCUACCCGGUCGUACCAAAAGGCAAAGCCAGAAUCCGGGUUCAGAUUUCAGCUGCACACACUGACGCAGACAUCGACCACUGCGUCGACGCCUUCAUUCAGACUGGUAGAAAGCACGGAGUUGUUUCUUGAACAGAACAGAGAAGUAACCUUCACGUGUUGCUGUCUCUUACGUAAGAGCCAUGAAUGAUGGGGUGGGAAGUAUGAGUUUGAUUUUUUUGUGUUGGCUUUAUUAAAUAAAACACUUGAAGUACAAUUUGUACGAUUUUGCGAGACAAAAUGCUAUAAAUGACCGUAUUUUUUUUCAUGUAAAUCUUUGGCCACACGAGAAUGAACUAGGGUGAACUUGUUAUUGAAUGUGUGCAAAAUUGGAUACAUUCACUAAUUCAGAUCAUGAAUAAUGAAAAAUCAUACAUUUUUUACAUUUAAUUAGCAGUUACGUUUGAUAAGUACAAUCAUACAGUUGCAAAAAACGGUAAAAUUCACUUUUUUUACAUUUAAUUACCAGUUUUCAUUUGUUUUUUCUGCUUUUAUAUGAAUAACUGCAUUGCGAAAGGAAUGCAAAUAAAAGUCAAGCUGGCACUGGCCUUCCACCGUUUCUUUGGGCAGGUACCUUUCCUUCCACUAGAUGUCGCCAAAGGACAUGUGGCCUUAAAUUGGCAUUUGAAAAAGUCAGUUUGUUCAUGUGUAUUAUUAAAAAUACCAAAUAAUAUAUUGUAUAUCGAUGUACAAACAUGAGAAUGUACGCACCAAUCAUCAUACAUAUAUAUUGAAAUAUAUGUGAAUCGCAGUACUGCAUGUUGUGUGUUUCUACCUUUACGCUAAUGAGGAUAUUUAAAAUGACAUUUUCAAGGCAGCAGCUGCUGUUGGAGAUUGUUUAACAGUAUUUAUUCGUCAAAACUGAGCCGGUACAACAUUUCCUACUUGUAUUAAAUCUCAGCAGAUACAAAUGCAUAC